AUGGAUGCGCUCGACAUGGACGGCAUCAUCCAACGCCUCCUGGACGCGGAGCACAGCUCGCCGGAAGAGACUCCGCCACUCUCCAACACGGAGAUCAAGCUCCUCUGCGCCGCGGCCACGAAGGUCCUCCUCUCCCAGCCCAUGCUCCUGCGCCUCGACGCCCCCAUCAACAUCUGCGGCGACAUCCACGGGCAGUACUCCGAUCUCCUCCGCAUAUUCGGCACCACCGGCUCCCCGUCCGACACCAACCGCUACCUCUUCCUUGGCGACUACGUGGAUCGCGGCAGCCGCAGCAUCGAGACCAUCUGCCUCCUCCUCGCCUACAAGGUCAAGUACCCCGACGCUUUCUUCCUCCUCCGUGGCAACCACGAGUGCUCCUCCAUCAACUGCUCUUACGGCUUCCUGGACGAGUGCAAGAGACGAGGCCUGGGCCACAAGCUCUGGAAUAUCAUCAACGGCUGCUUUGGCUACCUACCGCUAGCGGCGCUCGUCGGGAAGAAGAUAUUCUGCGUGCACGGCGGCCUGUCGCCGGAGCUGGAGAGCAUGGACCAGAUAUGCGGAGUCAAGCGCCCACUGCCGCAAGUCCCCACCGAGGGCCUCGUGUGCGACCUUCUCUGGUCGGACCCAGACGCCGCCGACGAGUGGGGCUGGGGCGAAUCCAAGAGGGAUAGGUCGCACACCUUCGGGUCCGACGUGGUGGCCGAGUUCGUGGAGAAGCACGGGCUGGCCAUGGUGUGCAGGGCGCACGAGGUGAAGCAGGGCGGCUACGAGUGGUUCGCCGACGGGAAGCUCGUCACGGUCUUCUCUGCGCCCAAUUACGUCGGCCAGUGCGACAACGCCGGCGCGGUCAUGACCGUGAACCAUGAUCUCACCUGCUCCUUCCACAUCCUCCAGCCUACGGAGAAGAAGGCAACAUAUUGGUUCCAACAAUUCAAGUGGUGCGCCAACACGCACCAUUUCCAUCGGUAG